AUGUCUACCUCUAUGCUCUUACCUGAUGUUGAUGCUGACAAACAUCAUAUUGAUGCUGACGAACAUCAUAUUGAUGCUGACAAACAUCAUGUUGAUGCUGACAAACAUCAUAUUGAUGCUGACAAACAUCAUAUUGAUGCUGACAAACAUCAUAUUGAUGCUGAUCAACAUCAUAUUGAUGCUGACGAACAUCAUAUUGAUGCUGACGAACAUCAUAUUGAUGCUGACGAACAUCAUAUUGAUACGGACGAACAUCAUAUUGAUGCUGACGAACAUCAUAUUGAUGCUGACAAACAUCAUAUUGAUGCUGACCAACAUCAUAUUGAUCCUGACAAACAUCAUAUUGAUGCUGACAAAUAUAUUGAUGCUGACAAACAUCAUAUUGAUGCUGACCAACAUCAUAUUGAUGCUGACAAACAUCAUAUUGAUGCGGACGAACAUCAUAUUGAUGCUGACGAACAUCAUAUUGAUGCUGACAAACAUCAUAUUGAUGCUGACCAACAUCAUAUUGAUCCUGACAAACAUCAUAUUGAUGCUGACAAACAUCAUAUUGAUGCUGACAAACAUCAUAUUGAUGCUGACAAUCAUAUUGAUGCUGACAAACUUCAUAUUGAUCCUGACAAACAUCAUAUUGAUGCUGACAAACAUCAUAUUGAUGCUGACCAACAUCAUAUUGAUCCUAACAAACAUCAUGUUGAUGCUGACCAACAUCAUAUUGAUGCUGACAAACAUCAUGUUCAUGCUGACGAACAUCAUAUUGAUGCUGACGAACAUCAUAUUGAUGCUGACAAACAUCAUAUUGAUGCUGACAAACAUCAUAUUGAUGCUGACAAACAUCAUAUUGAUGCUGACAAACAUCAUAUUGAUGCUGACGAACAUCAUAUUGAUGCUGACAAACAUCAUAUUGAUGCUUACCAACAUCAUAUUGAUGCUGACGAACAUCAUAUUGAUGCUGACAAACAUCAUAUUGAUGCUUACCAACAUCAUAUUGAUGCUGACAAACUUCAUAUUGAUCCUGACAAACAUCAUAUUGAUGCUGACAAACAUCAUAUUGAUGCUGACGAACAUCAUAUUGAUGCUGACAAACAUCAUAUUGAUGCUGACAAACAUCAUAUUGAUGCUGACAAACAUCAUAUUGAUGCUGACAAACAUCAUAUUGAUGCUGACAAACAUCAUAUUGAUGCUUACCAACAUCAUAUUGAUGCUGACGAACAUCAUAUCAGACAUAUCAGGCUUUCAAACCACAACAUGUGA